AGGUACGCGAACGAUCAAAUAGAUAAAAUAAAAUAAAUAAUUGCGAAGAAUAAAAAGAAAAAAUUGAUUCCACAAACUGAUCAUUUUGAAUUACUGUUUUGCUCAAUCAUAUCAUCAACUAAUUUGAACCCCAUAAGAUAAGAUCUAGCGUGAAGUCAUAGUAUGGUUGAAGAGCUGCUGAGUUCAGCAACUACGGCGUCACCACGAGGGACAAGAACUACAUCAUCAACGUCGGAACCAAGAUCACCGCCUCUUCCUCAUAUCGAUCCAAGAUCAUCAUUUUCAACUUCGAAUCAAGUUCAUCAAAGUCCAUCUUAUGCUUCUCAUGUAUUUGAUGAGAUUGGGUCACUGGCUCCUAUCAAAUUGUUAAGUUCACUUUUAACUGAUGAAAAUGCUGACGAUGAUACUGAACAUGUGGAGCAUUUUAAAUAUAAACAAGAUUUACAACGAAAAUUGACAGUUACUUCAGUUAUUGGAUUGGGAUUCUCUUUAAUGGGGGUUCCAUUUGGUUUAUCUUCUACACUUUGGAUAUCUUUAAUGGAUGGAGGAAAUGUAACCAUCUUAUAUGGUUGGUUAGUAGUGGGAUUCUUUUCAUUCUGUGUCGUGCUUUCAUUAAGUGAAAUCAUUUCAAAAUAUCCAACUGCUGGGGGUGUGUAUCAUUUCAGUGCAUUGUUAAGUAAUGAUAAAUAUUCGUUGAUAUGUUCAUGGUUAACAGGUUGGUUUUUAUUGAUUGGGAAUUGGACUUAUGCUGUAUCUAUCAUGUUUGCCGGUUCACAGUUUAUAUUAUCAAUUUUUGGUUUAAAAGAUGUUUAUUAUAAGGAAGAUAUCUUUUUCGUACUUGGGAUUUUCUUUAUUAUUUUAUCCUUUUGUGGAUUUGUUAAUUUCAGAUUUUCAAGAUAUAUUGAACAAAUCAAUAAAGCUUGUAUAUUAUGGACUAUCUAUACUGUAUUGGCUAUUGAUGUAUUAUUAAUCUUAUUUGCUAGGAAAACAAAUACAGUAAAAGAUAUUUUAACUAGCUUUGAUAAUAGUAGAUCAGGUUGGCCUGAUCCUUUAGCAUUCAUGGUUGGACUUCAAGCAUCAGCAUUUACUUUAACUGGUUAUGGAAUGUUAUUCUCAAUUACCGAAGAAGUUAAAAAUCCCGAAAAAAAUAUGGCAAAGGGUGCUAUUAGUGCCAUUCUGAUAUCAAUCAUAACAGGAAUCAUCUUUAUCAUUCCUCUUUUAACAAUCUUACCUGAAAUGUCAUUAUUAUUAGAUAAUACUCCAGAAAUUAUGCCAAUUGAUCUUGUGUUUAAAUUAGCGACGGAAUCUUAUAUGAUUUCAUUUCUUUUAGUGUUACUUUUAGUAGGGACUGUUUUAUUCCAAUCAAUCGGUUCAUUCACAACUGCGUCUAGAACAACUUAUGCAUUUGCUCGUGAUGGUGGAUUACCAUUCAAAGAUUAUUGGGUUGCAGUUGAUUCAGUUGAUGAAUAUACCAUUCCAAAAAAUGCCUUGUUUUUAUCGAUGUUUGUUUGUGCUGCAUUAUCCUUAUUAUCCUUAAUUUCUACAUCAGCGUUUAAUGCAUUCAUGGGUGCUUGUGUUAUUUCUUUAACUUUAGCCAAUGGUAUACCGAUAUUAUGUCUUAUGUUAAACAAGAGAAGAAAAAUAAGAGGGGCCGUGUUUAAAUUAAGGAAAUUCGGUUGGAUAGUUAAUGGUCUUUCAGUAUUUUGGUCAAUUUUGCUGGCAUUCAUCUUGUGUCUUCCACCAGUUAUAAAGGAUUUAAAUUGGAUAACUAUGAAUUAUGCAUCAGCCGUUUUUAUAUUAUUUGCUGGUGUUGCAGUGGUAGGUUAUAAAUGGUGGGGAGUCGGAAGUUUUGAAGGUCCAAAGAUUGAUACAGAAUAUUUUGAACUUAAUAAUUUAGAAAGUCAACAAAGAAGAAAUAUUCAAGAUGAGUUUAUGGUUGUGGAUGACACAGUAGCUGCAGAUGAAGAUUUUGAAAUUGGAGACGAUUAUGAUGAAGAUGAAGAAGAAGAAGAAGAAGAAGAAGAAGAAGAAGGACAAGAAGAAGAAGAAGAGGAAUACGAACAAGGACAUAUUCAAAGCCACGGAAAGUUUGAUUCAAAAUAUAAAAAGAUUGAUAAUAGCUCAUAUGAUAAUAUGACAGAAAACGAUGGAGCUACAUUAGUAACCAAUAACACGACACACUUUACAUCACCACCAUCAACAGUAUUCGAAAAUGAAUCUUCAAGUGAUGUUAAUGAGCUUUCAACUGGAAGUGAAACUGAAGUUUUAUUUGAUGCUACAAUGACUGAUUACGAAGAUAAUGAGGAAUCACACAAAGAUCAAUAGGGGACAAUUUAUAAAAACGUACACACAUAUAUACAUAUAUAUAU